AUGAAGCUCUUAUCAUUGUACAUAUUUUUGGCAUCAUUCGCUACAACUUUUGGAGCAAAGUUCAAUCUCCGACUCUUGGCUAACACCUACUCAGAUAGUACAUUCAGCAACUAUGGAUUGGCGCCAGUGUACCAAAAUGACAGCUACUUUGACGGGUUGGUUUUUCUCCUAGGAGAAAAUCCUGUCACGUUCGUCUACGAUAAUGAAACACAGAUAGUGUCGUACACACAGAAUAAUAAGGAGUACUAUCUCUAUGUCCAGGACGACUACUUGGUGGGGCAGACUGACAUCGAUAUCGACAAAAUUGGGUCGUAUAACAAGUUUUUGAUGAAUAUGGACGGAACACUCUGGGUAACAAAGAUAAAUAACAACGUAGGGUACAACUUAUUCUACACGUAUCCUACCAAGACUGAAAUCUACAAUCAUAAGACCUAUUUAUCAGUCUUCUUACUAGCUGAUCAGACCCAAUCCCUCGACACUCAAAUGUUCACCAUCGUUUAUAAAAUACUGGGGAAUUCUACCAAUCCCAUUCUACCAUACAGUAGCGAAGAAACAGCAACAAAUAUAACAACUAUAACUUUGAUAAACAGCACAGAGACUUCGAGUCCCAAUGCAACAGCAGGAGGCGCACAUAUCUCUUCUUCGACCUCUGGUAUUCGCUACACUUCAACAGUUAUUAAAACAGAAACUCAAAAUUAUGCGGACCGUAGCCUGUGCUCUUACACAUCAUUAAUGUCCACCUUAUUGUUAUCCUUACUAGCUAUAUUAUAA